CAGAGAUUGUUGGGAGAUAAGGGUUUGUAUGCAGAGAGAGAAGUGAAUUGUGAAGGAAGAUUGGGGCAACAGAUAACCAAAUCAACACAUACAUACAUAUAUAGAUAGAUAGUUUUGGAUUGGAAUUAGAAUCUGAAUAAGAACAGAAUCUCAAUUCAAUUCCUCUUCCCCACUUCUCUUCUGUCCCCUCAUUCCAAAUCUCUUUUUCUGAACUUCUCUUUGGACUCUUCCUUUUGCCUCAGGGUUUCUUCCUUCUCUGCAUCCAAUCAAAGGAAAAGCACAAUUCUUUCCCUCCUUUUCGGCAACCCCAUCACGCAUUCUACCUCUAAAACGCCAAAAUAAAUCCUCUCUGUCGUUUCCUUCUUCCUGGGUUUCUUCUAGGGUUCUCCUUCUUUCAUCUUUUUUCACUUCAAAUCCACCCACAUAACCCCUUUUCUUCACUCCAGUCGCACCACACAAUUCCCUGCUCUUGGACCCUUCUCUAAACCUGUUUAUCACAAUGUGGAGGAGUUCCAGAGGCAUCUAGCACUGUACUUCCUUCCUGAACAUUCUAUUUCUGAACUGCUUCAGGGAGUGUUUUCUGUUUCAGGUGUUGUUGUUUCCAAUAGCAUACCCUCUCUCCGAAACAUGGGUUGUGUCCAUGGCAAGUGUUGCUGUGGCGAGCAUAAUUCAUCAGAGGAUGGUUCUAGGGAUUACCGAGAAACUGGCUUCGUCCGUAGCCACAGGAAAAACAUACUCGCUCAGAGGUCACUGAAGCGUGCUCCUGUUCCUUCUCACAACUUCAUUUUGGAAUACACUUUUCUCACUCAGCGGGGAUACUACCCGGACUCACCUGAUAAAGAAAACCAAGAUAGUUUUUGCAUCAGUACAAAUCUCCAAGGUAACCCCAAUGUUCAUUUCUUUGGCGUCUAUGAUGGGCAUGGUCAGUAUGGUAGCAAGUGUUCAAAUUUUGUUAAGGAUAGGCUGAUAGAGAAGUUGGUAAAUGACCCUGCAUUGUUGGAGGAUCCCGUCCAAGCUUACAAUUCUGCAUUUUUGGCAACGAACCAAGAAUUACGUAGUAGUAGUGAGAUUGAUGAUUCUAUGAGUGGCACCACCGCGAUAACGGUGCUUGUUAUUGGUGACACCCUUUAUGUUGCUAAUGUUGGUGAUUCGAGAGCGGUGCUGGCUGUUAAGGAUGGGAACCGCAUUGUCGCGGAGGACUUGUCCUCUGAUCAGACGCCGUUUAGGAAAGAUGAAUAUGAGAGAGUGAAGCUUUGUGGGGCAAGGGUGUUGAGUGUUGAUCAGGUGGAAGGGCUCAAGGAUCCAGAUAUCCAGAGUUGGGGUGAUGAAGAGAGUCGGGGUGGUGAUCCUCCCAGAUUGUGGGUUCCUAAUGGGAUGUAUCCUGGAACUGCUUUUACGAGGAGUAUAGGGGAUAGUUUAGCAGAGACAAUUGGUGUCACUGCUCUUCCUGAGGUGAAAACUUUUAAGCUUACACCUGAUCAUCUUUUCUUUGUGGUGGCAAGUGAUGGCAUAUUUGAAUUCCUGACAAGCCAAACUGUUGUUGAUAUGGCAGCAAGCUAUAUGGAUCCUCGUGAUGCAUGUGCAGCUAUUGCAGAAAAGUCAUACAAACUAUGGUUGGAACUUGAGAACAGAACAGAUGAUAUAACAAUUAUCCUUGUUCAGAUCAAAGGUCUCUCUAAUUCCGGUACAUUUGGAGUUGGAUCAAAUGAGACAAAUGUUGGCGCUGUACUGAAUUCCAGGGCAGGAACUCCUGAGAUACCUGCUGCGCAUGAAUCUGAUGUUCAUCGUUCUGUCAGAACCAGUUUCUCAGAGUUGCACUCUGCUCAGCCUGCGGCUUCAGUGAUCAGCCCGGCCGUAGAGGCUCACUCUGCAGCAUAUCCAAGACCAAUUGAAUGAUGAUUGAAGAGAGAGAGGCUUUAGAGAAGCUUCACCUUGUCUCUUUGCAGUUUCUCCCGAGUGGUACAUUUCCAUGUUCCAAGUUCCUGAGCAUUUUGCAUUACCCUGUACAUUUACUGCUCAAGGCUGCCACCAUACCAGGCUUGAGGUGGCUCUAUCUUGGCAGCAAAAGGAAUUUGUUCAAAUUUCAUGUUGGUGUAUAACCAUUCAGAAACACCUCGGGAGAAAACACUUAUGCUCACCUUCCUGUGAUGCCAUUGCACAUCCUCUACAGAUAUGAUCUUUUGAAGAGAAUCUAUAACUAAGUGAAAUGAAAGGAAGGUAUGCAAGGAGAUUGGAUUUUGAGUCAUGGCUAUCAUUUGCUUUGAAUGAUUGAAGAAACUCGAAAGAUGGUCACUGCUCAACUUUGGAGGAAGACAGAUACCAUUUGGUAUUUAAGUGCAUUGCCCUCAUUAUCAUGUAGAUGUUGUAUCCAGUUUGUGUGUAUUAUUAGUAUUACGAACAUGUUUGGAUUAUUGGUUGAUACCUUUCCAAAUUAAUUUCAUAUUAACAAUAAAAAACACUAAUUAAUUAUGUA